AUGGAGCAGGAGUCGGCUGGAAUUGAGACGGUGGCAAUCAAAGUGGAAGAGGUCCCAGACUCAGUGCUUGACCAAUGGACCGACGACCAAGAAUCUGCUCUCCUCAGGGCUUGCGUGCAGUGGAAGCCUGCCGGCAUGCAUAAGCACUUCCGAAUGAUCUCAAUACGGAAUCAGCUGCUCAACGAAGGCUUGAUUAACGAGACUGAUGGCCACACGACAGUGACUGGAAUCUGGAAGAAAUUGGGUACGCUCUACGACUUGCCAAGACUGGACGAGCGAGAAGACUCAGUGGUCAACGACAGCCCAGAAGACGAAUCACACAACUAUUUUCGGGAUUUUGAGCUACCUGGAGACGACUUUGAUGCAAUGAUGUGGGAUCGAAGACUGGCGCCGGAUGGUACCUCCAGUCCGGAGAUGUCCAGACGCGAAAGCACCGUGGCAGAUACAGAUGAGCCACGGUCGUCACCCGUGCCGGGAAAGGGUUCUACAAGAGGAAGAGCAGGAGCAAGAAAGAGUGGAAGAUUGUCCAGGCUGCAGAAUGAAGUGGAGACGGAUAGCCGCAGCAAGUCUGCCAGCAUUGCCGAUGAGGAUCACUCAAUGGAAGGUGUGGACGAAGGGGAUGGCGGUGAAGAGAGCGGGAACGGCGAUGAGGAAAGUGAGGAAGAAGAGCAUGACGAAGACGACAAGAAGACUGAGGCUAAGAAGAGUACACGAGGCGGGAAGAGAGGACGAGGUAGUAGACGCGGGAGGCGACGAGGAUGA